AUGGCAAUCAAAGAUUAUUUACCUGAUUUCAAAGGAGCCUUAACUGGCUUUUAUGAAGAAAGUUUAAAAGGGACUAUUGAAACUAAAACUAAUGAAUUUAAAGCCCUUUUAGAAAGCAAUAUUGCCUAUGGACAGCAAACCCAGCGAAUUUUAAUCGCCAUUGCCCUGGGCAUUUUCUUUUUAGAAGUUAGUAAACUUCCUAAACUAACCCCUGCUGAAAAAUAUUGGGAAAAAGUCGACCAACAAACUCACUACUUAAUUGCUGACUUACUUAAUCAAAUUUUACCCCUAUCCAAUUUAAGAGAUAAAAAAAACUUAGACUUAGAAAAAGAUACUGAUUACCGCACUCUUUUUUUUGAAUACGAAAAUAAUUAUUCCGAAGAAGAGUUGCUCAGGAGUGAAACUCUAGCCGAAAGUAUUGCCUAUGAAUAUCUUUUGUUAGUAGUAAAGAACAAACCUAAAAACAAAAAAAAUUUACCGGCUAAGUCCAAGUCCAAAGCAGUUAAAAAGUCCAAACAAAAUACUUUGGCUUAUUAUAAUUGCCUGAUAGACCAAGUGGCUAAACCAAGCAAGGCCAAACUAAAAAUUGCCCAAUUAGCCCAUCACUGUAAAUGUAAAAAAGGAGCAGUGGCCUUAGCUCAGCAAAAACAUAAGCAACAGUUAAUCCAAAACUUAGCCCAAAGUUAUAAAAGUUUCGGCGAAAGUUUAGGCCAUUACUUCCAAGCCGAUAUUGUGGGCUGUGCCCAAGAGCAGUUCGGUAGUUCUGGGAGCCUUUUUAGCGGUACAGGAAAAUUAAUUAUGGCUGACUGUUGCGAAUUACUAAAAACUGCCCUCUAUGUAAUUGCCGGAGCUUUUGGAGUGAUUUUAGCCCUUUUGGCUAUGUUUUUUGGCUAUAAUUUAAAACUGAGUGCUCGCACCGCUCAAUUAGAGAAAAAAAAUGGCAAAGAACAAAAGCAAAUUGAUGAACUCAAAAAAGAAAUGGCAGAAUUGAAAGCGUCAAAAAAAUAA